AUGUCGUACUGCUGGGGAGCCGGCUCCUGGGGGCAGCUGGGGCUGGGCGAGGCGGCAGCCGCCGGGCCGGUGCGCUGCCGCCCGGGGCCCGAGCCCAGCGGGGGCUGGACCCUGCUGGAAGCGGCUUGCGGGGAGCACCACACGCUCCUGCUGCGGCCGGACGGCACCGUCUGCUCCUGCGGGGCCAACGCCCGCGGGCAGCUAGGCAGGAAGCUCCGCCCGGGGCAGCGGGGCAGCUAUACGCCAGAACAAAUUCAGGCUUUAGAAGCACAGAUUAUUGUUCAUGUGAGCUGUGGAAAAGAACACUCGCUGGCUGUUUGCAACAGAGGAAAGGUCUUCUCCUGGGGAGCUGGGUCUGAAGGCCAGCUGGGCACAGGAGAAUUUAAGGAACAAAGUUUAAUUCCAAAGAAAAUAGAUGGUCUCUCUGCUCUCAGAAUAAUACAAGUCACCUGUGGACACUUCCACUCAGUUGCACUGGCACAAGAUGGCAGAGUCUUUUCAUGGGGACAGAACACCCAUGGCCAGCUGGGCCUGGGACAAGAAAUCCCCUCCCAGCAUAGCCCACAGCAUGUCACGUCUCUCAGUGGGAUCCCCGUGGCUCAGGUUGCUGCCGGCGGGGGACACACCUUUGCCCUGUCUCUCUCGGGAGUUGUGUAUGGGUGGGGAAGGAACAACGCACGGCAGCUGGGAUUAAGCCACGCUAACAGAAGAGAGCAAGUCUUCAAACCGUAUGCGGUAGCUGCUCUGACGACUAUUGGCGUGGUCUAUAUCAGCUGUGGAGAUGAGCAUACUGCAGUGCUCACCCAGCAGGAUGGCAGUGUGUUCACAUUUGGAGAUGACAGUGCUGGACAGCUGGGACAUCACUCUUCAACCCAGAUACCUGGUCCUCAAAAGGUCGAAUGGCUAGAUGGUCCAGUUUCCCAUUUGGCAUGUGGAAGCUAUCACACCCUGGUCUACAUGUCUACUCCUGGGCAGGUUAUAUCUUUUGGACGUGGUCCCCAAAGACACAUUGAAAAUGGAACAGGGGAGCAGGCACAGAACUUUGACAUCAGCAGCCUGGUUUCAGCUAACGAUCUGUCGGGCGUCCAAGUGAAAAUGAUUUUUGCUGGGACAUAUGUCAACUUCGUCAGUACUCUUCAGUCCCAGGAUCUUGAGCAUGCACGUGGGAUCUCUCCCGCAGAUACCCUGCAGAAGAUUAGCAGGCUUGACAGGACAUUGAUAAAUAAAUGGAUGGCAGUGACAGUUGGCACUGAUGAAUUCCAGGAGGCUAAAAGGGAAAUAGCCGUGAUAUUUUCUUCUCCUGCUUGUUUAAAUGCAAGUUUUUUAAAACCCAGUUCUGCUUUGGACGCAAAUUGUAUUGGUGUUGAUCUACAAAAGGCAAGGGACGUAUUUGAUGAGCUAACCAAAAAGGAGUGGAUUGUUAACCAGAUAAAUUACUGUCUGUUGGCCGAUCUGAUUCCUGGUCUUCCACUGCAUUCUCCUCAUCGUGAGGCUUUGUCUAUUUUCCUGCUCCUGCCAGAAUGCUCUGUGAUGUACAAAGAACAAAACUUGGAGCCUUUUGUUUUGCGACUUGCGCAGGCCAUUAAUAGCAUGAGUGACCGUUCCUCAAACAUACUGGAAAAAUGCUGGAUGUCAUUGUCAGCAUCCUUUUUGGACACUGUGGUACAGAUGUUUAAAAAGGCUGUGGUAUCUCAGCUGACGUUUUACACCUCUUCCCUUUACCGGGGCACCAAACCUCUCCUAGAAGUGCUUGAAAAGCUGUACAGGGCAAACAGGAAGGCUAACUACACACUACAGUUAAGCAAUUUUUACAUAGAUGAAAUCUCUGGAACAUUUAUCCUUCCAACCGAUGUAGGGAGGUGGCGCUCAUGGCAAGCUACAGCUAAUUCGUGUCAUGAAGACGACGUUCCCGUCAUAUUCUGCCGUUUCCCUUUUGUCUUUAACUUGGUUUCCAAGACUCAAGUGUUCCACUUUGAUUCAAUUUUCAAGCAAGAGGGUGCGAAGCUAGCAGCCGAAUUCAUACUGAAGCAGAAUGAACUGCUGAGAAAGAGUGAGCUUCCUGAGUUGCCUGUUUUUCCUCUGCAAGUUAAACGCAGCAGCCUGGUUGAAGAUACUUUACGUAAACUAAGUCUGGUGGAGGACAGUGUCCUGAAAAAGCAGUUGUUGGUGCAGUUUGAAGGGGAGUUGGGAGGCCUGGAUGCAGGCGGAGUGAUAUUAGAAUUCUUCCUGUACCUAUUUGAAGAGAUGGUGAAUCCACAAUAUGGGAUGUUCGUGUAUUGUGACCCUGCAUCCCCAAUGUGGUUUCCUACCAGCGUAAGUCAGAAUCUGCUCAAGCCAUUCAGGCUGGAGAAUAAGAGCAAAUCUAACAAAAUGCCAAGGUGCUGCCAGACAGGCAGGCGACAGGCCAACAGCCAACCGCGUUUAGUGUCAGCACCUCUUCAACCAGCAGCGGUAGCAUCCUCCUCUUUGCUGCUGUUCCCAAAACCAAACUGCCACCCCAACUUCUUCAAAAAGCACCCGCAGGAAAUCUGCCAGAUAAACUGCAAAGAGAGCUCCCUAGUGGUCGUAGAGAAAAAUGGGAGCGUUCUCGUCUUUGACAAAGAGGGUGAACACAGAAAACUCCAAUGUGUGAAUUCAGGAAAAGACAGUCGGGUGCAUUCCUUGGACUGUGGAGCAGCUCAUAUACUUAUUCUCUCCUCGGAAGGAAAGCUUAUUUCAGCCACAGCUAAUAAGUCGGAGAUGAGACUACUGAAAGAAUUAAGAGACAAAUACAUUGUCCAGAUCUCAUGUGGGGACCAUCAUUCCAUGGCACUGUCUAAAGGAGGUGAGCUUUUUACCUGGGGACAGAACUCACAUGGUCAGCUUGGAGUGGGGAACCAGAUUGCCUUUACCGACAAACCACAACUGGUACAGGAGCUCAGAGGCAUCCCGCUGGCUCAAAUUGCUACAGGAGGAACUCACAGCCUUGUCCUGUCACUCUCAGGAGCUGUUUACUCAUGGGGGAAGAACGAUUUUGGACAGCUGGGACUUGGAGAUACAGAAAACAAAUAUUACCCUUCAUACAUUAGAGCCCUAGAACAUAAGAAGACUGUGUAUAUCUCGUGUGGUGGAGAGCACACUGCCGUUCUCUCACAGGAUGGGCUGGUGUGUACAUUUGGAGCUGGAGAUUAUGGGCAACUUGGUCACAACUCCACCCAGAAUGAACUGACACCUCGUAUUGUGGCUGAGCUGUUUGGAGCAAGGGUGUCUCAGAUAGCAUGUGGAAGAUGGCACACGCUUGUCUAUGUUCCCUCCUUGGAAAAAGUCUAUUCAUUUGGUUGUGGAGCAGAAGGGCAGCUGGGCAAUGGUGACACAUCUAAUCAGUUGAUACCACUGCCUGUCGAAUUACCUUCAGAUUGGGUGAAUGGUGGAAAAGUCAACCAGGGAAACAGUACCUCCAAAAAGGUGAUUAAAAUUAUUGCGGGAGGAAACCAAAGCAUUGUGCUUUGCUUGAAGAAAAAGAAUCCAUAUGUUACUUUGAACGGAACUGCCACAGCAGAAGACAAAGAGGUGGAUAAAUGGAUUUCUAAUUCGGAUCCUAAACAGUGGGAGAAUAUAAAGAAGACUAUUUGGCUGAUCUUUUCAUCUGAGGCGUGUGUCAAUGGAAGUUUCUUGGACAAAAGUAGAGACAAACAUUUCAGAACCUCCAAAGAAAUCUCAGGCAUGGAUAUGUCAGCAGUGCUUCUUUUUUAUGAGAAGAUGAACAAGAAACCAAGAGUCUUCCAGGAGAUGAUCUCUGCAGUUAAGAAAUUGCUGUCAUCACUGUCUUCCUCUCCCAGCUCACCUGAAGCUCUCAGGCUUUACCUGAUCAUUCCUGUCCUUUUACGGGGGCAGGAUAACAUGUCUGACUGUCUUCUUGAUCGGCUAGCAGCAGCCAUCCUGAGUCUCCAACAAAAAGAUCUGAAAGUUCUUGAAUCCCUGUGGUCAAAUCUAGAAAUAUCCUUUUUCAAGGACCUAGUGAGCAUGUAUCAAAGGGUUUCCAGAAUCAAUUUAUCUCUUUUCAUCAUUCAAGCCAGAAACUCUGAAGAAGUUACCUGUGAACCACACUUGAAUAGGGCUCUGAAAAUGCUGCAGAUUCUUUACCAGGUGAAUUCCAGUGCUGGUUUCAAAAUACAAGAAAACAACUUCUAUAUACCUGAAGUGAAAAGGAUUUGGGGACAGGAUUGGCGUUUGAAUGAAGGACCAACUUAUGAGCAGUGGAUCAAAAAUGAGAUUUCAAAGCGCUUGGAAAUGAGGGCUCUGUUGAAACUGACUGCAUACCCUUGCAUCUUUGACAUGCAAGAUAAGAUUGUGGUUUAUGAAAUUGACCGCCAAAUUCUGUUCGGGUUGUACAACACAAACUCUUUCCUGCCACGAGGUCCAUGGUUUUUAGAGAUCAGAAGAGCACAUCUUGUGGAUGACGUGUGGCAGAAUUUAAGGAGCGCAGCACCUAAAACAUUUGAGAAAUUCUUGCAAGUGCAGUUUGUUGGAGAACAAGGUAUUGAUGUUGGAGGGCUGUCCCAGGAGUUCUUCACUAUCAUUACAAGGGAACUGUGUUGUCCAGAAGCACAGAUAUUCAGAUGUUUUGAGGACUCCAACCUGAUUUGGUUCCCCUCCCAGGUACCAGGAAGCGAAGACACCUUUUUCCUGAUUGGCACUCUGUUUGGAAUGGCACUGUAUAACAUGAAGAUCGCUCCCUUCCAUUUCCCUCUAGCUCUGUACAAAAAGUUGCUGGAUAUUCCACCCACUCUAGAAGAUUUAAAAGAGCUGUCUCCUACAGAAGGGAGGAAUCUUCAAGAAAUCCUGGAUGAAGACUAUGAUGACAUCCUUGAGAACAUGAUGAUUGAUUUCACAAUAAUGAAGAAACAAGGAGGAUCUAUAGUUUCCAUCGAACUUAAAGAAAAUGGUGCAGACAUUCCAAUCACAAAGCAUAACAGGAAAGAAUACGUCGAUGCAUACGUGAAUUAUGUGUUCAAUGAAUCGGUAAAGAAGCCGUUUGAGGAUUUCAGGAGUGGGUUUUUAAGAGGCUGUCCAGCUAAAAAGUGGAAGCUCUUCCUUCCUAUCGAGUUCCUGACUGUUUUCCGUGGACAUACAAAAUAUGACUGGAAGCUGCUGGAAGAGAAUACAAAGUACAAAGAUUAUGAAAAGUCUGAUCAAACCAUCAAGAAUUUUUGGACUGUGUUUCAUGAACUCCCAGAAGAAAAGAAGAAGAAUUUUCUUGCUUUUCUGACAGGAACGGAUCGAAUCCCUGCCGAAGGGAUGAGACAUUUUCAGUUCACUAUUGCAGACUUUGAAAAAGAAAACCCAGACCUUUUCCAUCCUAUUGCCAAUACCUGCUAUCACGUCUUGAUGCUCCCGAGAUACAGCAAUGAAGAGAUCCUUCGGGAAAAGUUUCUGAAUGCCUUAGAGUUUUAUGAAAAAUUUAGCUUAUCAUAAAUUGUGGCCAAGAAGCAAUGUAAAAAACAUUUUUCAGUCUUACUUGGAAUAGUCUUCUAUUGUUAGCUCUUGUGGGAGGAGAAGCCACCAAAUCCUGUUUUUUAUUUAUACUGCACCUUAAAAACAUUCAGAUUCAUUCAUCCAUUGGGAUUGCACUUUAACAAAGGAGGUGAUUCUCAGGCCUGCAAAGUACCUAACAUUGUAGAACAGGUUUGUAAAAAGACACUGAACUAAUUAGCCAAAUGCAACAUUGACUAAACAAAAAUGUAUUAUUGUUAUUGGUUAAAUGACUUUUUUCCCUGCAUAAUCUCUUACAAUGGUUAUAAAAUAUGUGUGUGUAUA